UUGCCACUCUCGACCGCCAACGGGUGCUCAAGCACUGGACGCGUGUGAUUUUGCGCCCACGCCGCGCGCUCGCGAGCCUCGCGCAAGGCCCUUCGCCCGCGGGAGGCUCGGGCCCUGCCGGGCGUGCGAGCACCCAGGGUCAGAGAGGACGGAGGACGGAGGAGAUCAGCAUGGAGCAGGAGGAGGCGGAGGAGGAGGGCGGAGGGAGGACCAGGAGGGAGGGACAUGGAGCAUGGGUUGGCAGGGGUCCGAAGACCCAGGUCCCGGAAAGGAGGCGGUGAAACACAAGAGAGAAAAGAAGGGCAUCAGCCGCCAUCGCGGUGCAGCGCGCACCGAGCGGCCCCGCCCUCUGAUACAGAGCGGAGCAUGAGCCCACAAAGCGCGGCCAGCAGAGGCAAGAAGUCCUUCUUGCCCAACUUCCCGGCCCUCGUGAGCGUGAGAACCAGCAGCCAGGCACCUACAGCAACGAGCACUGGUGUUGCCGAGGAGGACGGAGGAGGCGAACGAGGAGGAGCCCUGAGAUCCGACGUCGCGAACAAAUAAAAAAGACAUCGCGAACAUCAGGACUGGAUCCAAAAGUGCAACGCCCAGAUCUCAAGAGGGAGGACAGCGGGAGAGAGUUUGUACGCACUCGGCAAGCUCAGGCCAGCGGCCGAUGGCCUCGCGGCAUGAGGCAGCUCUUCUGCCACGCCGGGCCGGCGGCGGCUGCCCCGCACGGGGCCUCGCGAGGCCCUCGCGCCGCGCGCGGCCGGCUUCAGGCCGGGGCCGCGCCGCCGCUCGGCGGUCGAGCGGCCGCUCGCACGGCGGCCGAGCCCAGGAACGCGUCGAGGUGGCCCGCGAACGCUCCUUGUCCAUGACCCCGUCCUUGUCCUGGGUCCGAACGCGAAGGCGGGGGGCACUGGGCCAAGCCCGUCCUCCGCGCGGCCGGCCUCCGGCGCGUCGUCGGGGCCGCCGGCGAGCGCGCGCGAGCGCAGCAGCGCCGCGAGCCGGGCCAUGGCCUCCAGGAACUCGACGAACCACAACUCGAGGUGGUCUGUGCUCCUGGUCUCGUCGAAGCGCUCCAUCGCGGAUGCCCUCCAGAGCCACGUGCGGUCCCACAGGUUGGUCUGGUCUCCUGGCCCCCGUCGCGGUACGGCAGCACGCCCACCGCGUCCAGCAGCGCGAGCCAGCCCUCCAGCGGCACCUGGGCUGCCGCGGGGCGCCCGCCCCGACACCUGCCGCGGCGGCGGGCGCCUCGGGCGGGGGCGCCCCGGCGCCCGCGCGGGCGAAGGCGAGGAACAGGGGGCGGAGCACGGAGGACAAGUUCUCCUGCGGCAGACCGCCUCGACGACCUCGCUGUGGAGGACGUCGUGGCGCCACUGCGCCGCGCGCGCGGCGGCUUUGCGGGCGGCCAGCAGGCUCUUGCCGAAGGUGUUGUGCAGCGCCCUCAGCGGCGAGAGCCCGGAGGCCCUGCCGGCGGACAGCAGCGCCAGCCGCACAAGCAGGUCCAGGAAACCCGCACGGUCGAUCACCACCCGGCCGCCGCCGGGCGCCCCGGCCGCGCCAGGCGCGCGCCGGCUUGCUGCGACGGGCGCCGCGGCCGCGAUGACGAAGUGCGCGUCGGCCUCCCCGAGGCCGAACUCGCCGGUCAGCAGCGCGCCCUGCACGAGGAGGUGGGCGUACUCGUGGAGCGUCACCCCGAAGCUCAGCGGCCACUGCCGGUCCGAGGGGCGGCGCUGUGCGUUCUCCCAGUCGACGGAGCAGAACGAGGAGUAGAGCAUCUGCACCUCGCCGUAGGCCCGCCCCAGGAAGUCCCGGACCGCGUCCUCGUCCUCGCCCACGAGCUCCGCACAGGACGCCAGGCCCCAGUCCACCUCGAAGCGCCGCUCGCAGAAGCCCUGGUGCCGCAGCGGGUCCUCGUGGUGCGCGAAGAGGGAGCGCUCGACGUGCCACUCCGCGGGCCGGCCGCCGUCCCCCGCGCGCAGCUCGCCCGGCCGGCGGGGCACGAGCCACCGGCACGCCCGCUCGCCCGCCGGGCGCUGGGACACCUGGAGGGCGUUGAAGCGCACGACGUCCGCUUCCAGCGGGCCCGCCGCGCCCUCGCCGCCCACGGGCUCCCGCCGCACGCGGCGCGGCCUCAUCCCGACGGCCAGCUCCGGCGCGAGCCGCGACGUGGCGGACGUCAGCAGCCGGCCGCCCACCUGGAAGCAGUAGAGCAGCUGGCCCCGCGGGGCCAUGAGGUAGGCCACGAGCUCCUCCCCGAACCUCGUCAUCCUCACGCCCCUCGCGAAGGAGUCGGCGGAGGUGAACACCCACGCGGUGGGCGCGCCCGGCGGCAGCUCGGGCCCGGAGAUGCCCGGCACGUAGCUCAGCCGCACCUCCCGCCACCCGUCGCAGACCCAGCAGCAGCUCUUCCGCGCCGCCGCCGCCCACGGCUCCGCGGGCGGCGCCGCCCCCGCGGCGUCGGAGCCCGGCC